AUGUUAAAUACAUUAACUACUACAACCACAUUAAAAUCAAUCAUUUCAACUCAAUUCAUUAGAAAAUUUAAUCAAUCAAUCCCAAAAAUGUCACAAGAAUAUUUAGUUACAGUUUUUGAUAAACCAAACGUAGAUAGAUCAAAAGUUCGUCCACAACAUGUAAAAGAUAUACCUGCAAAUGUUCCUUACCCAAUAAAAUCAGCAGGUGCUAUAUAUACUGAUGAAUUAAAGACAAAAUUCGCUGGAAGUUCUUUUCAUUUAGUAGCUGAUUCCAAGGAUGAAAUAUUUGAUUUUUUAAAGAAAGAUAUUUAUGCAAAAGAAGGUAUAUGGGAUUUAGAAAAUGUUCAAAUUUUCCCAAUUGGUAUUGCUGUUAGAUUACCUAAAAAAAUGGAUGGUGUUGAUGAAUCUGCUUAUAAAAUUUAA